UGGUGGUUGGAUUAUUGGUAGUACAUUUCUGUCUUCCUUCUUGAAAUUAAUCCUUUGCUGUGUUUGGACACGGUUGGUUACCUCUUGUCUCGCCUGUAUUUGUGUUUUGCGCAAAUGAAAUGUAUCAUUUCCUACCUUCUCAUGGAUAUUUUCUCUUUAAUGAGUCUGUUUAUGGUUUAGCCCUAUUUGUUAUCUGCAAUGCUACUUGGCUAAAAUGAAUUGUAUUAAUUUGUGAUUAUCUUGAAAUGUUCUUCUCCAACAAUUUUACAAGGCAGUUUUUCUGGGUGCAAUAAUGUGGUUGACACUUCUUUUCUUUCAGGCCUUUAAAUAUAUAUCCCAUGUUCACAUGGCUUUAGGAUUGUUGACACAGCAUCUGGCAUUAAUCUGGGGGUUUGUUCCUCUUAUGUUAUCAUUGUUCUUUAAAAAAUUUCAGUAUUAAUUUUAGCAUUUUAUGUUUGACAUUUUGAUAUGGAAGGACCAGAAGAAUUCCUAUCAUUGUUCUUAAUACAGAAGGCUGAGAGAAGAGAGCAACAGAGAUAAAUGGCUGGUUCUCUGGUAAACACAUUUCAGGUGGGUAGUCAUGUCCUCUUUUCUGUUAGAAAUGUUAUGUAUUGAAACCUUGCAAGCCUUUAAUUAUCUGCUUCCGAUAAUGUUAUCUAAAGUGUUUAUUUCCAUAAUUCCUUGUCUCCUUAUAUAUAGAAAAGCACUCUGUUUAGCAUAGUAGUUCAUGAUAAAACUGUGGUUUGUUAUUUCAGGGUCUGUUGACAUUCAGGGAUGUGGCUGUGGAAUUCUCCCAGGAGGAGUGGGAAUACCUGGACUCUAUUCAGAGGGCUUUGUACAUUGAUGUGAUGUUGGAGAAUUACAGCAAUCUGGUCUCUGUGGGUGAUAAUAUUUUUAUUAUAGAAUUCCUAGGUCAAUCUGUCACAUCUUUGCAUGGCUCUAGGUACUUGACCUAAGUAGCAGCAGUGAAAGAAUGAAGAAAAGCAAACACAUGAACACCUAGAAAAGCUGAGAUCAGAGAACUAUUGUAUGUAUGCAAUUGUCCAUCAACAUAUGGAUAGUGAAGAGAUAUAUUCUAAAUGGAAUGAUCUUGACAAAAUCCUUCGUGAAUCCAACACAUGCACAGUUUAUAAAACAAGUAAUACUACAGACUAUUUUGAUAACUUUAGCUGUUAUUGUAGUCACAGGAAUACCUUGAUUAAAUCAUCAAAUCUAAAUAGAGAUAUAAGCAUGCACACUGGAGAAGAAACUUGCAAAUAUAAAAAUUCAUUAUUUUUUGCUACCUACAAACUUAUGCAACAAGCAGUUUGUAUUGGAGAGAAACCACACAAAUUUAAGAAGUGUGGAAAAUGCUUUGGUUCCUGCUCAAGCCUCACUGGACAUCCAAUAAUUCAUACUGGAAAGAAGCUAUAUAAAUGUGAUGUUUGUGACAAAUCCUUUACCCAUUGUUCAAAUCUUAGAACACAUAAAAAAAUUCAUACUGGAGAGAGACCUUAUAGAUGCAAUGACUGUGGUAAGUCUUUUCUUCACUUGUCAGCACUUAAAAGCCAUUUAAUUGUCCAUACUGGAGAGAAGCCUUACAAAUGUCAGGAAUGUGACAAAUCCUUUGCCCAUGGUUCCACUUUCAGGAGACAUAAAAAAAUCCAUACUGCUAAGGAACUUUAUACUUGUCAAGAAUGUGGCAAGGUGUUUUAUCAGUUGCUAUACCUUAAAAGCCAUUACAGAACCCAUAUUGGUGAGAAGACUUAUAAAUGCAAUGAGUGUGACAGAUCAUUUAUUCACUGUUCAUCUUUUAGAAAGCAUCAGAAAAUACAUUCUAUAGAAAAACUAUAUAUGUGCAAAGAAUGUGGUAAGACUUUCCUUGAGUUGUCACAUCUUAAAAGGCAUUAUAGAACCCAUACUGGCGAGAAGCCUUACCACUGUGAAGUAUGUGAUAAAUCUUUUACCACGAACUCAAUUCUGAAAACACAUCACAAAAUUCAUUCUGGAGAGAAACCUUACAAAUGCAAAGACUGUGACAAAUCUUUUACCCAGCAUUCAAAUCUUAGAAGGCAUCAGAGAAUUCAUACUGGAGAGAAGCCUUACAAAUGUCAUGAAUGUGACAAAUAUUUUACCCGAUUCUCAACUCUUACAAGACAUCAGAAAAUUCACACUGGAGACAAAAAUACCAUUGUAAGUAAGUUGGCAUAUUCUAUAUCAAAAUCUUUAUCUUAGCUGGGUGGUGGUGGCACAUGCCUUUAAUCCCAGCAGUUG